AUGAAAUAUAUGUAAUAUCAAUUUCCACCACAUUUAAUUGAAUUUUUGAAUACUUAGACUAAAGUAUCUUUAUAACCAGUGAUGAAUUAUUUUAGGUAGAUUAAUUAUUUGUAAAAUUAAAUGGUGGUCCUUCUCCAAAUCAAAUCACUUAAAAAUCGAAUAAAAAAUCUCAAAAAAUGCUUUAAAUGGGUGUUAUUUGGUUAAUGCUAAAAGUUGUUAUUUUUCUGCCAUUGCAUCAUUAAUAACCUAUUUACUUUAUAUUCUCAGUGUCUAAAUAAUUUAAAAUUUCGUUUUUACGCUUUCUAAUCAUAAAAAGAAUAAUGUUAAACACUUUAAACUUAUAGAUUUUUUAGAAGAAAAAAUUUAGAAAAAAGUGCUUAACAUUAAAAAUUGAAUAUUUCUUUAGGAAUCUAUAAAGUUUAUUAAGCAAUUUUGCAUUACCUUCUGUUCAGUGAAUCAUUGCAAUUUCCAAAUUAUAAAUUUAAUAAUACAUUUGAAAUCUUAAACAGCUUUAAUGCAAUACUUGGGUUAUCAUUUAUCCUUAUGGCUACUUUUCCACUGCUUUCAAUCACUUCUGCACAAAUAAAAGAUAUAAGGAAAUGGAAAUAUUUUUAUUAUGAAUCAAAAACAUAAUUUUUAACUGCUUUAAUAUUGUUUUAUAUUUUAAUUGUAGUCCAAUUCAUUAACUAUCGAGAAGCAUAAUCAAUUUUGCUUUCUAUGUUAUCAUUUAUGUAUUUGAUUUUUUUGGUCAAGUUUAAGCUAUUACAUAUCCAUUUGAGCUUUCUAAAUUAAUUUGUAGAGAAUUGUUAAUUAUGA